CUUCACACGUCAAAAUAAUCGCCUUAUUUAGAGAUACGUUAGUCUUUAAACAUUUAGAACUAGAGGGUGAUAUGUGACCAAAACAAAAAGAAGCUGCAAAAUUUUAUGUUCAUUGGUGAGACAUAAUGCGUGGAACGUAAAUUCGUGUAUCCGCAUAUUUUCUAAUAUAGACACGUGUUUUGUUAUGGGAUUGUAAAUGCAGAUUUUUUGACUGAGAAAUUCGAAGAAAGAAGUCAAAUAUGCCGAAAAAGCACGUAGCUGGAUCUACGGUACCUAACAAACCUGCUACCAAGCCGGAGCCAGAAAACAGGGACCCCAAUGGCCUGAAUAGCCAUAUCAAGAUCGAGUUUUAUGACGUAACCGGCGAGCCGUAUGGAACCCGAAGUUUUGACAUUACGUGGGAAUUUUCCAAAAUGUUCUACGAAUGUUGUUUGGGAUUUAUUUACAACUUGUGCGCAUGCGUCGCAGCUCCAUGCACGGCGGGGUGGUGGGGCUGUCAAUUCGCCUUUGUGGCUUUCAAAAACGUCUGGUUCUUUGCGCCCUGUUUAAAGGUCAUGGAGAUUUCUUGUUCGGUGUUUGCCAGAAUUUUCAGAAGUUGCAUAAGAUGUUGCAUUUAUCCGCCAUGUCGAUCUUUGGGACACUUUUUUAUUGCGUUUCGAACGGAAGGCGUGAACGAUGCCGAAGACGAUGACCCAUUUUACCAUCUCCCCCCGGCCCCCGUCAGAAAAGCUAGAAUUAUACAAACCCCUUCUCGUAAUAACAAAGUGGCUCCCGAAAAAGAGGACCAAGGAAAAGGAAAUAAACCCACUACAAAUAAAGGGAAGGGGGACAACCCGAAAGUAGUCCCGGGGUUGGUGGUGAUUGGGUCUGUCCCUGACAAAGAAGAUGAUGGCGAUUACAUUGGCGACAAGAAUAAUAUGGUGAACGCCAUCAAAAGACAGAUGAUGAUGUGAUUUUAACGACAAGCAUUUAAUUUAAACUUUGUGCCAAAAGAGACACGUUGUGAUUGUACGGAAAAAGAGUAUGGCGCUAUCUGAGAGUUCCUUCUUUAACAUUGGCGCUAACAAUUAUAAGGUCAAGAUCUAGUAAAUGAAUUUUAAGGUGCCUACAGGUUUAUGAAAUUCAAGAUAUAAAUUCUUUUAAUUAUGCUUCAUAACAAAAUCUUUGAUUCAUAGGGUGUACCGUGGGUGAAAUAUGAAGGAUAAAAGUAGCAAAUCUC